AUGUCGUGGCAAGCAUACACCGAUAACUUAGUUUCCUCCGGUAAAAUUGAUAAAGCAGCGUUAUAUUCGAGAGCAGGGGACUCAUUGUGGGCUCAAUCAUCGAACUUCCAAUUGGAUCCUAAAGAAAUCACUGGCAUUGCGAAGGGAUACGAUGAUCCAUCAGACUUACAAGCCCAUGGUUUACAUGUCCAGGGCCAAAAGUACAUGCUUUUGAGAGCCGAUGACAGAUCUAUCUAUGGUAGACUUGAUGCCGAGGGAGUUGUUGCAGUCAGAACCAAACAAGCUAUCUUGAUAGCCCAUUACCCAGCCGGAGUUGUUGCAGGUGAAGCAACCACUGUUGUUGAAAAAUUGGCAGACUAUUUAAUUAGUGUCAAUUAUUAA